UGAUCUAUUAUAGAUAAGUAUAUAUACGACACACCGAUACAUUGUUUUUUGUUUUUAAACAAAUUGAUUCUUCAAACGUUGACUUCCCUAGCAUUGUGGCACUAGAGUGAUGGGGAUGACCGCCAUUGCUGUUUUCAUUCUGAUUUACUCUAUACACGUCCAUAAUAUUUAUUUUGAAGUUUUGCGCGGAAAUUAUUUUAUAUAUCUAUCCAUUCUAUUAUAUUUUCAAUCCACUUGAUUUCUAAGAAGUUGUUUAUUUUUAUUCUUAUAAUAUUCAAAUAUUGAAUUUUGUGUGUAAAAUCACAUAAGCGCAAGAUAACCUUAAAACAUGAAUCAAGACGAAUUAUCGGAAUUCCUAAUUACAAAAGAGAUUAAGAAAUUACAUUCGGAACAAGAGUUGGAAAAUAAAGAACCGGAAGAGACAUUAAAAAGAGAACCAUUGACUGCAAAAAAUGCUGUAAAAUUUCUGUUAGAUGGGACUCUUAGGAAAAAAAUAUGCAGAUAUUGUUUGAAUAUUGCGUCUUCUCUCUAUGAAUUGGACCAAGUAUUUCAAAUAGGAAGCCGAGACAUAAUAUACAAGGUCACUGUUAGAGACAUGAUUGCAAGCUUUCAUCCUUUUAAGGUUGCAGAUGAUCCAAACUUUCCAAGUAGAAUUUGUGAUAAAUGCUUAAAUCGCACAUUUAGUUCUUAUUUAUUCACACAACAAUGUGAGCAGUCUGAACGAGCUUUACGUAACUGUUUUGAUGAUAUAUAUGACAAAUUAAAUAAGCUGGACCCUAUAGAACGUACCAAGAAAAGGGGCAGACAGAAAUUGAAUCCAAAUUAUAAUAUAUUAUAUACAGAACAUGAAAAAGUUAUUGAUUAUGCUGAUCCUAUAAUAAAUAUUGUAAACAUUGGAUCUUCAGUAAAUAAUACAAGCAAUGAGUAUAUUGAACUCCAAUGUCCACGGUGCUGGCAAGUAUUACCGAACAUAGAAUCCUUAUUAAACCAUGAGAAACUACAUCCAAAAUCAAUGUGGUACAAUUGCCAUAUAUGUGGCAAAUCUUUUGUUAAACAAAACCAUUUGAAAAAGCAUGUACGAAACAUUCAUGCAUCAGGUAAAGAAUUGGUAUUACCUAAUAGUGGGUUUAAAUGUACUAAUUGUGGUAUUAGCAGUGACAGUUACCAUCAACAUUUGCAACAUAUUGAAAAACAUAAAUUUCAAACUGUUAUGAAGCAUUUAGUUGAAAGAAAUAUGGACAAGCUGUGUGCUAUAUGUUUGAAUAAAGGUACCCGCUUAAUAGAAUUAGAUAAAACUGUCAGUUUACAUGGAGGCCAUCCUGAAUUAACUGGUGACAGGACUAUUUAUAGCAUUCUGGGUUCGACUUUGCCUGAAAUGAAUGUCCUAAACAACUAUACAGGGUCAAAAAUAUGCGAAAACUGCUUAAGUAAUGCAAUAACGUCAUACAUUUUCUUGAAUCAAACUUAUUAUAUUAGAAAUAGACUUAAUACUUGUAUUGAUUUAAUGUUGAGCAAUUUAAAACAAAUUGUCCAACCAGAAGGUAACAUAUUUAUUGAGAUUGCGCAAAAUACUAUUAUGCCACCGAAGGAAUGUGAUUAUAUUGAUGAAGAUUUGUUGAUUGAUGAGAAUGAUGAAUUUGAUGAAGAUAAACUCAAAAUAGAAGUUUUAGAAGACGAGUUUAGAAUAAAAUCUGAUAGUGAGGAGAGUGAUAAUGAAAGUAGAAAAGGCAGAAAGAAAGGAUCUUUUAAUGAUAAUAGAGCAAAAGUUGAAAAUAAUAAUAUAAACAUAUUGGAAACAGAAGAAAUGGAUAAGGAACAUGUAGUUAAAGUUGAGUCAGUGACUCAAGUGAAUUGUAAACAAUCAGAUGAAAAAAAUAAAAUGUCUCCAGACCAUUACAAUAACAUUAAAGAUAAUAUAGAAAUAAAUGACAAUUAUGUAGAUAUAAUUGAUAAUCCUGCUAAGAGAGCGACCAAAACUUAUAUGAAAAGAAAAUUUCUCAAUGGCUAUCAAUCCACAUUUGCUUCUAACGAGAGAGAUAAAUGUGAAAUAAAGAAAGUGUGCAGUGAAUUUUUAACGUUCAAGAAGAAGAAACCAAUUAGGAAAUAUUACAAUUAUAAAUUUACAUGUCCACUAUGUUGUAAACAUUUUGUUUCUGAAUAUUUCCUAGUACGGCAUGUAUUGAAACACGUGAAUAAGAAAGUGGAAUGCAAGAUUUGUUUGAAGGAGUUCAAAUCGAAAUUCUAUUUGUAUGAGCAUACAAAAAUGGUGCAUUUGUUACAAAUGAAAAGUUUUUGGUCGUGCAAAAUUUGUGGUCGAUGUUUCCUUUAUAAAAAUAAAUUGGUCAACCACAAACGGAUGCAUAAAAACAUUGAGUGUCAUAUGUGUGAUAAAUUGUUCUCGAAACAGAAGUAUUAUGAUAGUCACAUGCAACGGCAUGCAAAUAAACUUAAUGUGCUAAAUAAACAUGUUCAAACAUGUAGUUUUUGUGAAAAGGAAUGUUCGAACGAUAAUAGUCUAUCGGUACACGUAAAUAAAGUGCAUUUACAGAUAAAACCGUACAGCUGUGAUAUGUGUAGCAAACAAUUUUAUACAGAGAGAAAUUUGAAUUGCCAUAAACGGGUGCACAGUUUGUUUUCGAAGGAGACAUGCCAGUUUUGCAGUAAAACAUUGGAUUCUAGAAAGUCCUUGGUGAUACACGUGCGGAAACAUAUUGGUGUGAAACCGUACAGUUGUCAAAUAUGCAGCCAUUCGUUUUAUUCUCUGACCAAAAUGAGAACUCACAUGAGAAACUUGCACGGUGGUAAAUUUUGCUGUAAACUGUGCAAGAAUGUUUUUGUCUAUAAAUCUGAAUUAAAAAAUCAUGUCAAUGAAGUGCAUAAUAUGAUUUAACAAAUACAACUAAAUAGUAAGGUAAAAAGUGUGAUGAAAGGUUCUUGAGUAGUGGCCCUGUGUAGGCAAACACAGUGUAGGAUGACCCCCCUACUAGAUGGAGUGACAACCUUAAAUGCAUUGUAAAGAGUCAGUGAUGUAGGUGGCUCGGGGCCAUUCCUUAUAGCAGUCUAUGAGGAGGCCUGUAUUCAGCAGUAAACUGAUUUGAAGGAAUUUAAACGUUGUCAUUAACUUUUUGACAGUUUAAGUCAAAUUGGCAAGUUUACAAGUUUUUUUUUUUAAUAAAUAUUUCAGAUUUUUUUUCUAUAUUCUGUUUAAGUUAGUAAAUGAUUCUAUUAAUUAAUGAAUACAUGGUUAAUGUUAACUAAAUCUCGCUGUUGCUAAUUAAAGAGGUUAAAUUAUUUUUUUUUAAAUUCAACUUAAAUUUCAACCAAGUUAGUAUGACAUCGUCAUAAAUUUAAACUCACAAUUAUAAAAAGAAUCAUUAGAUUAACUAUACUAUAUGUAUUUAAAAAAAUGUAAAGAGUUUCGUGUCUCCAGUACAACUGCUUACAAUUACUCUUCUCCAUCCAAAGGUUGUCUGGAAGAGAUCGCUCUUAGCUAUAAGGCCGCCUAUUGUUUUUUCAGUGUUUUAUUUUUUUGUAAUUAUUUGUAUUUAUAAUAAGUUUACAAUUGUAAUUUUAUGGAGGUAACAAAGAGUCUAUCUAUCUAUUAAUUUAUCUAUACUUAAUACUUUUUAAACACUUGAGGCUCUAUGGCGAAGCUUACCAAUUUCAAUUAGGUGGGUCAUCAGCUUGUUUGCCAUUCUAAAUUGCUUAAAAAAACUAUGAUUGAUUAAUAAUUUCUGCAUCACAAUUCGUUAUGGAUAAAGCAUUUAUUAAAUAUUAAGUGAAUAAUUGCUUUUUACUUUAUUUGUAUUUCCAUAAUUUAUAAAUUUGUAAAUAACGUUUACUAUGAAAUAUAUUCCAAGAAAUAUAUUAUGCUGUAAAUUUA